UAAAAAUAUGUAUUUUAUUUAUAUCACACAUUAGUAAGUCUAAUCAUAUAAUUAAUCAUAUUUUAAAUAUAAUAUCUCAACAAAUUAAUUUCGAUGAAUAUAUUCAUGCAUUGGCAGUUUUCUUACAACUUGUUCCUUAUCUAAGUCAUGACACUUUAUAUUAUAUUAUCAAAAAAUUUUAUAAAUCUUUAAUAAAAAAAAAAAAUGAAACUUCAAAUAUAUUGUCUUUAUUUAUGAACAUAAAAAAAGGAGGAGUACAAAAUAUUCAUCUGGAAAAAAAAAAAAAAAAAAAAAAAAAAAAAAAAAAAAAGUCCACAUCUAAUGUUGACAUUAAUAAUAAUAGUGAUAAAGAGAAGAGUAUCCAUAUGGUUUUAAUACAACAUGAAAAAUAUCACAAUAAAAAUGAUUAUAAUAAAAAACAUUUGAAUGAUAAAAAUGAACCAUGUAUAUCUGCAUAUGAGAUAAAUGACACAAACGAGGAGAGUAAGUCAUAUAUAUAUGAAGAUUUAGAUAUAUUUAAAGAUUUACAAUAUUAUAAGAAUAUUUAUGAUGAAGAUAUAUAUUCUUUAAAAAAUAAUAAAAAGAAUAAAUACAUAAAAAAAAUGAUAUAUAUAAUAAAUGAUCAUUUUUGUUUUAUGAAAUGUUUAUAUUUAGGGUUGAUAGGAAGUAAAUUGAAUGAAUUAUAUUCUUAUGUGUCUUAUUAUUUAUUUAAAAUAUUAUGGAAUAUUAUAAAUAAAAUAUUUUAUAUACCAUAUAAUCAAUGUGAUGAAAAUAAAAUCAUACACUUAUUAGAUAUAUUCUUUUAUAAUACUACAAUAUUAAGUGUUACAAAUAUUUUUUUAUUAAAUUUACAAGUUAUUAUAUUAAAAUUAUUAUUAAAUGUAUCACAAACAUAUAUAAUGAAUAAAAGAUAUAUAACAUUUUUUUCAAUAAGAAGUUUAUUAUAUUUAAUAAAAAAAAAAAAAUUAUUUAUUUGUAUAGAUAAUUAUAUAUAUGAACAGCAAAUGGUAGAUAAUCACAGAUAUCCUUUUUAUUUUAUGAACAAUUUUUUUUAUAUGUCUACAUUUGAAUAUUCUGAUAUAUUACAACUAUUAAAUGUUAUUCUUUUAAACAAUGAUAAAGAGAAUAAUAAUCAAAAUGAUCAAUAUGAUCAAAAUGAUCACAAUAAUAAUUAUUAUUAUUACAAUUCUAAUACUCUUUCUAUUUAUUUCUUUAUUCAAUUAAUAUAUAAAUUUUUUAAAGUUAUUCAAGGGGUCAAACCAAAAUAUAAUAUAUAUAAUAUAUAUAAUAUAAUGAAUAAUAAUGUUUUUAAAGACACAAAUAAAAAUAUACACAAAGACUCUUCUAAUACUUUUAAUUUUUCUUACUUUGAUUUGAACGUAAAUAAAUUUAUAACAUUUUUUAAAAAUAUAGAAGAUGUAUAUAUUCAAAGGAAGGAGAAUUCCAACCUUCAAAAUAUAAAAAAAAAAAAAGUAGAUCAUAUAAAGCAUGAAACAAAAAAGGAAUCCAAAAAAAAUCAUAUCAUUAAUAAUAAUGAUAUUAAUAAUAAUGAUAUUAAUAAUGAUGAUAUUAAUAAUGAUGAUAUUAAUAAUGAUGAUAUUAAUAAUGAUUAUAUUAAUAAUCAUAAUGUUCAAAAUAAUUAUGACCAUAGAGGUAAAUUCAACUUUCUUAUAACACUCAGUGAUUCUAUUAAUAUAACAGAUACACAUAAAAAUGCUCAUAUUUUUUUCAAUAAUUUCAUUAAUACUGCAAAAAAUAAACACACAAACAAUAAUAUAAAUAUUAAAAAUUUAAACAUAAAACUCGAAAUUAUUAGGAUGAAGAAAAAGAAACAAAAUAAAUCCAACAAAGUUAAGAACAAAAAAAAUAAUAAAAUAAUAACAUAUUACACUCCACACAUAAAUAAUAAUAAUACUAUUAUAAAUAAAUUAAUAAACAAAAUGGAAAAAAGAGAAAAAAAAAAAAACAAAAAAAAAAAAACAAAAAAAAAAAAACAAAAGAAUAUAGGAAAGACAACAAAAAUAAAUAAAUCAAGUAAACAAAUAAGCAAACAAAAUGGAAUAAAACAUAUAAAUGAAAAUAUAAGUGAUAAUAAUAAUAAUUAUGAUAGUAAUCAAAAUUAUGAUAGUAAUCAAAAUUAUGAUAGUAAUCAAAAUUAUGAUAAUAAUAAAAAUUCUUAUUCAAAUGUUAAAAAUUUGUUCUCAUUAAAUAAUAACAACCAAAAUGAAGAUGCGUUUAAUAAUUAUAAAAAUAUAACUAGCAGCUUCACCACUUCUUCGAGUAGUUGUAUAUAUAGUAG